AUGGCCGAUGCUCUUACCACAGAAGCCUUUGCGGAAUACGGCGUUGGCUGUGCCUUCCUGAUUCUGCGCAUGGUCGCCCGUAUCAUCGUCGUUGGGUGGAGGAAUCCCGCCUGGGAUGACUUGUUUUGCGUUUUGGCCAUCAUAUUCUAUACGCUUGUCACCGCCAACAUCUAUCUUCUCGGCGUUUAUGGCAACAACAUAGGCCUCAACGCGGAGACCGCUCUCGAAGUUCCGGUCGAAAUGGAGGCCGAUAUGAUCUUCGGAUCGAAGCUCGCGUUCAUGAACUGGAUCUGGUACAUCAGCUACAUCUGGUCGCUGAAAGCCAUGCUGCUGUUCCUAUACGCCCGCAUCAGCACCGGACUCAAGCAGCAUCAACGAAUUGUCCAAGCCGUGGGUAUACUCACGGUGAUGACUUAUCUGGCUUGUCUCCUAACGCACAUCUGCAUCUGUGUGCCUGUCCAUCGCGUCUGGCAGAUCAAGCCCUACCCGGGCGACUAUUGCACCAUCAGACAGCCAAACUACUAUGUGAUUGGAAUUCUCAAUGUCUUAACUGACAUCUGCGUCCUUCUCAUCCCCUUUCCCAUCCUCUUCAAGCUCCAGGUUCCUCUCCACCGCAAGAUCGCUCUGGGUUUCCUCUUCUCCUCCGGUUUCUUCGUUAUGAUUGCCACCAUUCUGCGCGCAUACUACUCGCUUGGAGCUAUCGAAAAAUUGCCCAUCGCUCUUGGCUGGGCGACCCGCGAAACGUUCGUCGCGGCCGUCGCAGUGUCCUUGCCCGGUAUUCGCCCCUUGUUCAGCAAGUCUCGCUGGGCGGGAUCAAGCGCCAACCGAUCAAAAAAGACCGGUCCUGGAUCGUAUCCUAUGCAGAGCGGCAUGCAGCGGUCGCGCAACAGGACGGGUGACUUUGGCAGCUCCAACACCUACGUCGAAGACAGCAAAGGUUUCGGUAUGUCUUCCCGGAAUUGGAGAAAAUCGACAAAGCUGUCGUCGAGCAACGGAAGCGAAGAGCAUAUCAUCAGCACCAAGAAUGAAGACGGGCCGACAGAGCAUAAUGGCAUUACGGUCACACGGGAGUACACGGUCGCACACGAGGAGGCAGCUGUACGGGAUCCCACAGCAUUGCCUCGCGCUCGCUGA